AUGAUGGAGGAGAUAGACCGGUUCCAGGUGCCCGCCGUGCGCGCCGAGAUGCAGCCGCUGGAUCCAACAGCUGCAUCUAUUUCGGACAGAGAUUGUGAUACGAGAGAGGGAGAGACUGUAGCCAUGAACUAUAAGCCGUCCCCACUUCAAGUGAAAUUAGAGAAGCAGAGGGAGCUGGCUCGGAAGGGCUCCCUGAAGAACGGCAACAUGGGAAGCCCAGUUAAUCAGCAGCCCAAGAAGAACAAUGUGAUGGCACGAACAAGGCUCGUCGUUCCCAAUAAGGGCUAUUCAUCAUUAGACCAGAGUCCAGAUGAAAAGCCACUGGUAGCCCUGGAUACGGACAGUGAUGAUGACUUUGACAUGUCCAGAUAUUCCUCCUCGGGAUACUCAUCAGCUGAGCAGAUCAACCAAGACUUGAACAUCCAGCUGCUAAAGGAUGGGUACCGGUUAGAUGAGAUCCCAGAUGACGAGGACCUCGACCUAAUCCCCCCUAAAUCGGUCAACCCUACCUGCAUGUGUUGCCAAGCCACCUCCUCCACCGCCUGUCACAUCCAGUAGUGAAGCCGGCAGGCUGU